GGGCGCCAGUCGCUACGCGGACGUUGAGCUCGGGAUUUCCGUCGUCCUCGCGAGACAUUUUUCCGCGAGCUUGUGUUUCGCGAUCGGUUCAACGAUCUCGUCGCGUAUCUCAUUUUUUUUCCUUCUACCCGCGACCAACUACGCCAUCGUCGUCGAAUGGCGGGUUCGUGUGAAAUUGGUGGACAGACUCGAUCUCGAUCGGUAUCGAUUGUGUGUGGAUCUCGAGGAUCGCGCUACACGCGACAGUUAUUUCGUGUAUCGGUAGAAAAAAACAAGUGUUCGUGAGAGCAGGGAUUUCGAAUUGUACCUUUCGGUUGCUGUGAUUUGUUUACCAGCCGGAUACUACGUGCAACGACGAGACUUACACGGAUAUCGACGCUGAUUGGAUGCUGCCAUGAGGGCCACGGAAUCGUGACAAUUUCAAAGAGAUUGGACGAGCAGAGUGAAAUCCGUGCAGAAUUAUGUCCUGGUUCCAGGCUGAAAGUUACCGACUAACAUCUGCCGGUCCUCUCGACGGAUGAGUAACGAAGCGUGGCCCGCUCUCAAGAUUGAACAUCGAAGAUCAACCAGCCAAGACCCAUCAUCUCGAAGACCGAGGAGCCAGGAUGCUUCCGCUGAAAGAGAAGCUUGAAAGAAGAUCGUAGAGGGAAAAGAGGGAACGAAGAAGAUCGGAAGGAAGAUGAGCUAGAAAAGCAGCAGCCGUGUAUCGUCGGGAACGGGACACCAUGUGCUCGAAGAUGCGAGCCUGGUGGUGGAGGGGCGCUCUACUCGGCACGAUGAUGCUAUUAUCGUGGACGUCCUCGUCGGAGGGUUGUCCAAGUAUGUGUACGUGUAAAUGGAAAAGCGGUAAAGAGUGGGUGGAGUGCGCGAAUCGAGACCUGAAAGGGUUGCCGCAGGGUGCACGAGAGGAGACGCAGGUGUUGGAUCUAUCCAGUAAUCAUUUGGUCAGUCUGCCGCCCGAGUGUUUUCAAGCCUUAGGUUUGAUCAAUCUACAGAGAUUAUACCUGAGCAGAUCGCACAUCAGUCGUAUAGCAUCGAGGGCAUUCGUGGGUCUUGUGGGAUUAGUGGAGCUAGACCUGUCGGAGAACCUGAUCGAAGAGAUCCCGACCGAAACGUUUCCCUUUUAUUCGAACCUGAUGAAGUUAUUGUUGAACGGAAACCCCAUAAAGGAAGUUCGUCGUGGGGCAUUCCAAAAUCUACCACACCUGACGAACCUGGAGCUAAGCCAGUGCGCGUUAGAGAGCGUAGAACAGGGCUCGUUCGAUGGUCUCCAUCUUCUCGAGUGGCUUCGAUUGGACGGGAAUCGGUUGACACGUGUACCAGAACACACGUUACCACUUGGAGGCAGCCUUCGCGGACUGACCCUGCACAAUAAUCCUUGGCUCUGCGACUGUAGACUGCGAUCCACGCAGGCCUGGCUCAAGGAGUCUGCCCCAGCAGCCCCCCAGGAGUCGGAACCGGUAUGCGACGCACCUCCGCGGUUACGUGGCAAGCAGAUCAAGGCUAUAAAAGUGAACGAGCUUGCUUGCCUGCCCCACAUCGAGCUUCAGGAACGAGUGGAGGCUUACGAAGGGGAUAACGUCACCCUCAAGUGCGACGUCUACGCUGUGCCCGCUGCUAAGCUUGCCUGGUGGUUCAAUGGCGAACCCUGUGAGUUGCAGAACGAGAAUGAUUCCAUAUCCGUCUCUUCUCCCAUGUUCCCUCGGUACGUGUACAGGCAACGCGGCGGAACCAAUAUGAGCAGCACCCUCCUGCUCUACUCGGUGGAAACGUUAAACGAGGGCACGUAUACCUGCAUAGCCGAGAACGGAGCAGGAUCCGCGGAGGCGAACCUCUCUCUGCGAGUGUUGUUCCAGGAGAAAAUAACCGUGGAACCUCCAAACGAUCGUUCGAGAUCAGGAUACGUGGUAGCCAUAGCCGCGGGUGCUCUGGUAGGCACCUUGUUCGCUUUGGGAUCACUGAUAGGCAGCAUCGUGUUCUGUAUGCGUAAACGUCGUCGUGAUCGAAAAAGGAACUCCAAGGCUCUGGUAUCGCAGAACAAGUCCGUGAUGCCCAUCACCAAAGACACCACCACUAGUCUCCCCUGCAGGAAGGGCAACGGAAGUUUGAUCGGUUUGGAACACCAGCAGAUGGUCUCGUAUACCGAAAGAGAAAUGAACAGAGCCGCUACGCUCGAACGGAGGGAGCACAGAAAUUUGGAAGAGCCUUAUUGUAGUCCAGUUUCAAAGUAUCUGACAGAACCCGACCUGAUUAACGAGGUCCCAGAGACGACCGACGUGGGCUAUGGUCAACUGUACCGCCAUCAGCCCGGGGAGAGACAAAUUCUGGAGUACGACUCGGGGUAUCCGCUCCAGCCGGACCUGCGUCCACCGAACAUACCCCAACUGAGUUAUCUGGAUCAAGAUGGUUAUCCUUUGAAUUUUGGUUUGCCUAAAAUCCCCUUCAGCGCCGCGAGCACGUUACCUCGACUGAGGCAGAGGAUGCCUGUAGAGGGGUCAGCGGUGGCUCCACCCGCUAGGUACUCGAGGGAGGCAGAGUUCCUCGCCAGAUCUCCAGGAUACGACCCCGUGUUGCCUAGGACCGACGCCAGGUACACUGCCGAGGGAUACCCGUAUCCUCCUCAACAGCAGCAACCGAUUCAGCCAGUGGAGCAACCUCUCCAGCAGCAGCUGCCCGUAUCUCCAGUGUCGCCAGUGGCCGUGUUCCCGGAGGUGCCAUUCAUUCCCUCUCCACCAGCUGCGUACCGAGGUGAGACAACUCCACUAUCUCCUAGAUCGUUGCUGAGCAAAACUGCUCGAGAAGCUGCCGCUGCGGCCGCAGCCAGGGCGGAGGACCUUCAGCCGCCUCAUCAUCCCGAAAGUCCCGACGAGGGUUACGUCGGUGAUGCAAUGGACGUCUAAAAGAGGACGGUUGUCGAAUCUUUCACGAAUUCUCGGGUCGCUGAUCGACGGGGCAAUCGACGAAUCCAAUGAUGAGUCAAGUUUGAUGGUGGAUAUCUGGUAUCUUUGUGAGGGUGGUUGGUACCGAGGAUAUGGUUGAUCGUUGUUGCUGAUAGGACGCAUGACGUUCGUGGAAGUCGAUCGAACGUGCACGAAUUCAGUUCAUGGAAAACAAGCGACGGACACGAUUGAACGAGCAAGAAGCUCGGGGGACAGGGAAGGGUGCUGGGACGGUAGUCGCCGAAGUCAUCCAGGAGAAUGGAUGUCAGACGUCGUGCUGGUUGAGCCGGAACAAAAGCGGUCCGUGUGUAAUGGAUUAAUCAGGUGCGAGGUUUCUCGGAAUAAUUUCUUGUCAGAAGCAGAGCUCCGUGUUCGAAGGACCGACGUCGCUAAUCGAAUUCUGUUCGUCGUGCAAGGGAAACAGGCGUCUUGUCUUCUCGUUUCAAAAGCUCACGAGAAUUUCUCCUAGACUACUAUACCGUUCGGAAAAUUUCCUGGAAAAAUUCACUGACUCGAAAAAGGUGGAGUACAGUGAGGGAAACGAUUGUUCGGAUCGAAACAAUCGAGGGUCCAGGUUCGAUUGUAACUGUGCUCGAAUUUUCUUGGCGUCACCCUCCCCGUUGUUCCGCCCCUUGUCGUUCUCCGAUACAAUAGAAUCUCCUGGAAAGGAGGAAUACGUUAACGGUGCAGAGGAAUCGAAUUUUACCGGAGCAAACAUUUCGUGAUCUCCUUACGACUCCAGGAACACACGGAGAAGCUAUUCAACGCCUUAACGAGGGGCAAAUGAAAAAUACCUCGCUUUUAAGACGUGUCAUUAAGUGGACGAGAUCCUUGAAUUUCAAGGAACGAGAGUGUACAAAGUAAAACGUCGAGUGUAAGUGUGUUUGUUCUAAAUUAGAAGAAUCUUUCGUUUCUUAAAAAAAGGGUAAACUUUCUGAUCGUUAAGAGACACGAUCGAUUUAAAUCACGGAUAACUAUAACUACGAGUGCAAAGUGCAAAAGUGAAAAAAGCAGAGAAACUAUUGUACUUUUGUGACUCGUUGGAAUAUCUGCUCAAGCUCAUAUGCAACCCCCAUCGUCCCUCUCGUCCCAUUCUCUACUCGUUUCCCAAUCCCCAUCGAUUUACCUUUUAGGCUAACCAAUUGUAUCGUUAUUAAAGUUUACUGCUCCGUCGGAUUCGGACCGAAACCCGGACCGGACUGGUGUAUCCGGUCUGGAAAGUUCCGACGAAAGGCUGUAGGUAAUUCUGGUGUAGUGAUAAUAACGUUAAUUCGGUGUUUAAGACUGGCGAACUGUGCGAGAUUACGAGCUGGUGCUUAACCUGAUGUACAGAGAACUGUUGAACAUAAUACGUAUGUAUGUGUAUAAAUUCGUACCACACAAGCAUACACACCUACACACGCGACAAUGGUAUAUAUAUAUACAUAUAUGUAUUUAUAAAGCUCUCGUACAUGUACAUACACACGUACGGGGUUAUGAACUAUACUACGUGAUCGAAAUGGUAGGAAACGGUGAGAACAGAUAUUUUUCAAGGCUGUUUUUAAACCGUUUUAAACCCUCGAGGGUGGUUUACCCUCGCCCAACAAAGUUUUAACGCGUUGGCUGGCACGGGAUGAUCAGCGAGUUUAAUUAUUAAAUUAUUAGGUUGAUAAUUGAAUCAUUGGAAAAUUAAAAAAGAAGAAAAUUUAAAAUUCCUGGAUAUUUCUACUGUGGCAGUCAAAGUGUUAAACGUAUAAUGGUCGUGGUGAUUUCGCGAGGUUCGAUUAUAUUAGAGAAAGAUCAUGACGGAUGGUAUCCCGCGAUACUCGUUCGAAAGUUUAGCAAUCCUCGACUGACCAAUACUCGACAACCUCGAAAGAUGUUAUUCCCACAGGUUCUCACAUUUUAGUUGGAAACAUCUGCUACCGCAAUCGAGCCUCGCGAAGUCACCUACGAGGAUCGAUUCACCUAUGUAAGUUAAGUCGAUGUACACGAAACGUCGAAUAUCUGAUAUUUUUGAAGAAAUCAGCUUUGAAAAUUAAUUGAAAUCCAAUGUUUCGUGUGGAUCGAUCGAAUAAAUCCACUACCAACCGAAGGUAUGGGCCCAACCAUUCUGCAAUGGUGUAUUUUCAUUUUGGCGAAAAAUUUAAAGAACCGAUUCACAGAGAUUUCCAUACUUUUGGCUGGUAAUGCGAUUUUAUAACAAUAAGGUAAUUCUUUCAACCUCGAAAGGAACUUCAUUCCCUUCGCGACAACUUGACGAGAAAGAAAGAGCCGUUAAUUUAGCAUUAGGGUCUAAUUAAGUUAAUCAAAGUGGCGGUCGCAGUGUUCGAAUGAAAGACGCAGUCAAGUCGAAACGGAUCGUAAACGCAGCUCGCCCCUUUUCUGCCAUUGCAAUUACCAACCGAUUCACGAAUGAAUAGUGUUCGUUUUAUGGUCUGCCUGGAGUAGAAUCGAACCGUGUCCAUUGGAGCAGACCGGGGUAACUCGAAUCUUUGGGUCGUAUCGGUUCUUCUUCUUCUCGUUUCGAGUUCGAAACGGUAAAUCACCUGCAGACAUUUUCAUUUUCCUAAAUAAGGAUUUGGAAUAGAAAUGAUCGAUGCCUCGUUUAAUUUUCCUGAUUAGUGGUGUAAGGGAGCCGUACAUCAAUAUGGCCUAAAAGUUACCGGCCUAAUCCUAAAUUAAGGGGAAAACUUGCUGUAAUUCCCUGGAUUUCACAGAUUUCAAACAAUAGCCUGUUCAAAGGAUCGGAGAAACUCGUUUGGUUGAGAUAGUCGGUGGACGAUAACUCAAACGUAUAAUCUGUAUCCAGAAUGACGAGCAUCCGGCGUUCAUGCGUGAUACUCGCACGAUGGCAAUCAAAUUUUCGAAGGGAGAAAAAAUCGUUUCAGUUCAACCACGAACGCGUCGUAACUCAAAUACGCGUUCACAGUGUUUGAGUUACGACAUAGUCCAGAUUAUUUGGCACGCCUCGCCUAGAAUUAGUUUUACGAUCUGCCUACCCAUUUCGUCUAGGUACGUCGACGCGCACGGAUUGCUCGCAAUCGUGAUAAAAUAACAAAGAUGAGAAAUUACGAAAUUGGAUCUUAGGAAGCAGUAAAUCAAAUUAUUGCAUUUUCUACGAAAUAAUUUCCUCGGUCGAUCGUUUAAUAAAUUAAUCCCGCGACGAAACAAUUUCCUACACGGUAUUUAUCGCGUUAUUUUCUACUUUAUCGUCGCGUAUAAUAAACAAAGGAGAACAUUACAAAAUGUUUUUGACCUCGAUUAUAUAUCACAAGUUCGUUGGGUGAGCAAUGAAUCGUCGGUACUCGAUGAUUCAUUAUUUUUAACAAUGCACACUGUCCUCUCUGCCGUGCUGUCGGAAGUUUAAUGUGUUCGAACCUCGACAAAGGAUUCCGUAGCUGGAUCGACAGAAUAUUUCGUUCCGCGACAAUUAACGACAAGUUAUGAAACGCGGCAACGGGCCGUGAUAAUUAUUAGCGGGUAUAAGCGAUGGUUAUUGGCGCGCAACGAUUUAAUUAUUCGACGCUAAUGCGGCUCACUCACCGUUUCGACAAUAAACGAUGGAUCAAAAAUCCUUCUAGCUAGCCAGAUAACAGAUUUUGUCUUUCGAUCCUAACUACACGGUAUCGUUUAGAUUUUUUUAUAUUCAUUAUAUAGUAGAAUAUCUAUCUCUCUUACUCCAAGCGAGUUUUCAAAUUUGUUUCGUUGGAUGUUGAUUGUUUCGGGAGCAAACUAAACGAUCGAUUGUUUGUUUCGAUGCUCGAAUCGGUGAAUAGAGUGAUAUUUUUUUGAGAGCUGUUGAUUGGACACACUUCUGUUGAAUGGUCAGAUUUGUUUUAAUCAAACGACGGCUUAACAAGUUGACCUCCAUAGUAAAAUAAGCGUAUCUAGUAUGAUACGCUAUGAUAAGAGUUAUUCACACGUUCACGGUGUAAAUAAUCAAGUGCUCGAAUAAGAAUUAUGCGAGUAAAUCUAUUUCAUCGGUUUCCUUCCGGUUACUGUCUCCUGUUUCAGCGACCAUCCGUUAAUUACUGUCGCUUCACCGCAUCUAAGUACUACAACUAUUCCCGUAUACGAUUUCCGCUCGCAACUUUUCGAAACACAGGGAUAACUAGAAUUAUUAACCAUGAAGCUAUUCAAAUUAAAUCCUCCUCUUUAGAGACAUAUUUCCUCUACCACACAUUCUACGAAUAAAUUAAAUUCAUUUCGAUUCCUCGAAUAUUUUCAGUCUAAUUAAGACCAGCUGCAUUCGAAGCUGCGUCAAAGGACCACUAUAAUUAAUAAUAAUUGGAAUUUAAUCGAUGAUUCGAUGAGUUUCCAUAUUUGUCCUAGUUGUGUUUUCAGAUGAUAACAUACUCUGGUCAUUAGUAGGAUAAAAUUAGUUGGAAAUAAUUCUCUGGAUGAUAAAUUGUUUUAUUGGAAUGCAAACUAUUUUCAACUAUACAUAUAUUAGUCAGCUAAAUAAUUUCUCUCUGAACUGUUUUGUUAUUUGUUAGUCGAUCAAAUAUUCAUCGUAGCUCAUUUGAAAUUUGCAUUAAAUUCGGGAAAAUAAUGCAGGAACGAGCACGCUGUUCAUAUAGAAUUCGUUAAUUGGCCAUCGCGAAACAAGCCGCGUUAGAAUGCACUCUGGUGAUAAUGAGAACGUAGAAUUUCAUCAGAAUGGGUUUCGUUAUUCCAAUUUAGCUAACCGAAGGCCUCGGUCCCCGUCGUUUUUGGUGGCUUUCGGAUUAGAAAUUGGCACAGGUCGUGUUUGGAAUGUACCAGAGAUCGUGCCACGGUAGUUCUCUUUGGGUUUACCGUCACCAGUUCAACUACUUCUACGAAUUUCUGUUAUCGAAAUCGUCGUACUCCGCCACGGUAUUGCGGUUAAUUCGGUUGCAAUAACCUUCGUUCUGACAAUGAGUACGCUUUCUCCGUAAAUUCGGAUAAAGAAGCGUGUAGGAAAACGAUUAUCGUGUUACAAUAGACACUUUACAAACGACAUGCAACUUUGAAAGAGAAUUUCCUCUUUGUUCCAGCCACGUUUUCUCAAGGUACAUUAAUUUUUCUUCUUGCAAACUCAAGGUACUCUGUUGACGUAUUCUUCUUUGAGUAAAACAGACAUUCUUCCUUGCAAUAUAGAAGACGUUUCAAGAUAAAUGCUAUUUCAAAUAGCUUCAAUUUUUCGGAAGAAAUUCAAUGGAAUAAAUUAAAUAUUUUACAAUCUGUAUACACGAUAGUUUUCACGUGAAUCUUGAUAGAUCGGUGUACAAAAAAUGUUACCUUGUCUUGGAAACGAAACGGAAUAACUGGCGAUGUGAAAUUCGAGGAAUUGUCGAGCAGCCGCGUCGCAGAACCUGGCGGUGCCAAUAUGAAUAUAUGUAUGAAAUACAAGUCGACGCAUUUUUGUUCACCGAUCGAUUGCGAUCCAGGUAACACGACGAGCAAGAACUUCUAUAUCGAGUUUGUCGCGAAGAAAAUCAACGAGCCAUCCCAUACGAAAUUUCUUUCCAUCCGGAACAUGGAGAAUCAUCUACGAAAAGAUUGAACGAAUCACUUUUCGAAUCCUUUACGAUUCAGGAAUUCAUUUUCUUUUCUCGCAGGGAGAAUCGUCUACGAACGAAAUUGAACGAGAUUCAAGAAUACACUCUAUGGAGGAUGUUUGAUAAAAAAAAAAAAAAAAAAAAAAACACAAUUGGGUGUUGGUCAGCUAGAUGAUUCUUUUUAUCCUCUCAGCGAGUACUUUAAGCUCUUCAAGUCUCAUAUCCGUUUUCCUUGGAACAGCCAGUAUUUUUCUAAGCUCGAACGACGUAACGAGCGUUAGGUUUGCCGUUGCGAGUCGAAAUGGAAUUCCAGAGGUUCUGAAGAGCGGCGAGAAACGGGGAAGCGUGUCGAGGAGGGUGGAAAAAGAAUCUCGAUGGAAAAGCGCGAGUCGGCGCGUGUCAGUACCCCGACGCGAGGGUUUCUCGUGGCUCAUAAUCGUUGGAAAAGGGAGUAAAAGCGGGAAUGGGUUAGGUUGGAAGGGUGGCGAACGAGAAAAGGAAGGGAAAAAAAAAUCGGAGAAAAAGGGGGCUGAGAGGAGUAGAGAAUCGAGGGCAGACGUAUCGAUCUCGUUCGACCCUCCUUUCGACCGUAAAACUUGCUGCGGAGAUAGUUACGAUUCCGCACCGCCACCUACACACACAUACACCCGCACACAAUCAGUAUCGUUUGUGCACACGUGCGUGCUUUGUCCAAAAAGUAAUGAGAUUGAUUUCUUUAAUGAUUUUUCACUUCAAGUUCCUCUCUGACGUAUGGUGGUUCUUCUCAAAAAAGUAUCCCGAAAUACCACUCAUUCUACAUCGAUUCGAAACUUAUCAAUAAUCUCAAUCGAAAUUUUCUGGCUCUUUGUUGAAAAAGUCGGUCUCUUAUUUUUUGAGACAAAUUGUAUACACAUCGACAUUCAACACCACGUCCACACCUAUAAUAUAAGUAAUAUAAAUAUAUAAAUAUACAUGUAACACAGGCUCAUGUACACACACGAUGUUCCGAACGAUCGAGCAAUACGAUUUGUAUUAACGUGUAUAACGUAAUGUAUCCGAUUCUGCACAUGUCGUACGUACUUUGGAUGUAGCGAAGGAUUUUUCACGACUGAA